AUGGCAGAAAACGGAAUUGCAAGGGUUUCUCGAGAUCUCCAAGUGGCUGACAGAAACCUGGCAUUUGUUAAAGUCUCAAGAGCUGAUGUUGACCAACUUGUUACUGAAAUCAUGCAAGUGAAAGAAUUUCUACCAAAAGUAUUAAACGCCGAUCUGCUGGGUGUGUAUAGCAAGCUAGAUCAUUGUGAGCAAGAACUUGAGAUAUCUGAAGCAGAGAACAAGAAGCUGAGAAAGGAGUUAGAACAGAUGAAAACACAAUAUGACUCAGACAUGGAAGUACUGAAGAAAAGAUAUGAUAGUCUUCUUGAGGACUGUGAAAGAUACAGGGAGGAAAAGUAUGGACUCAAGUGUCAGUUAUCAGAGCUCAGCCAACAGAUGGGAGAUCAGUCUGAAUACUGUUCCUCCAUGGGUGCAGCUGUGUGUACUUUGUUAUGGAGAGUGUCUCGUCAACAGCACUCUGUGACAUCCCUGCUGGGAGGGAAUAAAGCUGAAGAGUUUCUACAGAUCACUGCACGGACAGUGGAGAGUUAUUUUGAUAGUUUCGGUGAAGAAGACGAGAAAGAAACAUCGGAGGAAUUCCAGUUUGUUCUGGCGCUCACUGGAACCAUUACAAAUAUGGCAGCAGCUACUCAAGGCCGAGACUUUCUGGUAACUAAAGACAGUGGACGUGUGUUGAUUGACACGUUUAUUACAGUACUGAGUGUCUCUGCUGUGGGGAAAAAUGUCAAGAUGAGGAACUUGAUACUCAUGGCUUUAUAUAACAUAAGCAUCAAUUUGUCUGGUCUUCAAUAUAUCAUUAAGAAGCAAGGAAUACUGGACAACCUCAUGCAAGUAAUUCGAGAGGAAAGCGAUUCAGAGCUAAGACUCAAUGCUGCGAGAUUGUUGCAGUCUGUUGUAAUGGAACCGAGCAGUUUGACAAGCGACGCACUUGACUCAAUAUCUUUGCCAGUACUUCAGAACCUUAGUAGAAGCGCUAAAGGAGAGUUACGUGAUAUACUACAUGAAGCGCUGUCCGACCUACAGUCAUACCACACUGACUUCUAGCCAUACUGCGCUCUUA